AUGACUUACAUACAAUUUGAUGAAUCUGAAAAGGAAAAUUUUGUUGUUGUGGAUGAAGAAAGUAAUUCAGAAUAUAGAAAGAGUAAUGAAUCCAAAAUUAAUGUUAACAAUGUACAUAAAAGACCAUUUUUAGCUGUUGAAAAUCCAGUUGUAAAACGUCAAAAAGGACGUUCACAAAUGGUGUGUAGAAUUGUUAGUAAUAUUGAGAAUCAACAGCCAUCUGUAAUGCAGAAAUCCAAAAGCGUUAUAUGUACUUAUUGUCAUAAAAUAGGUCAUAAUAUUAGGCAUUAUGAAGCAAGAAUUACUAAUGAAAAAUAA